AUGGGAAGCGUCGAAGAGCCAAAGCAGCAGCGUCUGCGCUUGCCGUGGAUUGAAACCCCUUUGAUUGAAUCUACCAGUCUCUCCAAAGCUGCGGGAUGCCGCAUCUUCCUCAAACUCGACAACCUCCAGCCCAGCGGCUCGUUCAAGUCUCGAGGUAUUGGAAACCUGGUCCGUGGCCAUGCCACUGACCCCGCCAACAAGGGCAAGCGGCUACACUUCUUUAUCCCCUCUGCUGGGAAUGCUGGCUUGGGGGCGGCCUUUGCAGCUUCUGCGCUCAACUACCCUUGCACCGUCGCCGUGACAGUCAACACCAAACCGGUCAUGAUCAAGAAGCUUCAGCAGGCCGGUGCCCGCGUUGUCCAACACGGAACCAACCUGGACGAGGCCGCCGUUCGCAUGCGCGAGAUGAUGAAAGAGCUCACUGAUCACCCUACUCCAGGCGGGUCGGAGGUCGUGGCCAUCGAACUGCACCCCUUUGACCGCCAGCACAUCUGGGAAGGCGUAAGCACCAUGUCGGACGAACUUGCGUACCAGCUUCCCCCAGCCGAGGAGAACGACCCUUGCCUACGCAAGGCCCUCCCUUGUGACGCCAUCAUCUGCUCUGUAGGUGGUGGCGGGCUCAUGAACGGCCUUAUCAUGGGUAUUGAGCGUCAGGCACCUAUGCUAGACGCCGCAGCCAGCGCUACUUCAACCAACGGCACCACCACCGAAAAUAAUACUCCUGCUGGAGAUGACAACAUCCAUAUAAUUGCCACCGAGACUCGGGGCGCUGACGCCCUUGCCGUGUCCGUCGAGAAGAACUCCCGCAUUUCCCUGCCAAAGAUCACAUCCGCCGCCUCCUCGCUUGGCGUCCUCCGCAUUGCCGAGAAGGCCUGGGACAACUACGUCUCCCCUCCGAAGGGCGUCAAGGUUCACUCUCUCGUACUCUCAGACGCAGAUGCGGCUCGGGGCUGCCUCCGCCUCGCAGAAGACGAGAAGAUACUUGUUGAACUCGCCUGUGGUGUCUCUGUCGAGGCAGCCUUUGGACCCCAUCAUCAACCCGAAACCGCACCUCCACCCGCAAAGAGGGUCAAGCUUAGCGCUGAGGGCAGCGCACCAACCACCAACGGAGAGACGGUCGUCAACGGAAUAAACAAGUCUUACCUGCAACAGCUCAUUCCCAACUUUGGCCCUCAGACCAGAGUUGUUAUCGUCGUAUGUGGAGGAAGCAACGUCUCCCUUUCUAUGGCCGGCGAGUGGAGAGAGAAACUUGACGCCGGUUGGGGCAGCGAUGAUCCAGGCAACAUCGCGGUCCCGCCAACUCCCGCAUAG